AUGGCUUCGCCACAGGAACAGGCUUCGCUGUCCGCUCUUGUACGUUUUCAGGCUCACCAAAUGACGCAGCUGCUUGCUGCCAUAAAUGGACUGGUCACACCACAAACUGCAACUACUUCGGCGCCUCCGACGCCACCACCUGUACCGACGCCGUCGCCGACGGCGCCGCCAUUUCGUGCCUUCAAUCCUGACGUUGAACGCUGGCCAGAAUACAUCGCACAGCUCGAGGCACACUUUGCAGCAUACAACAUACCAGGUACAGAGCGGCUUGCCUUUUUCAUUGCCAACGCGGGUGUUGUGUUGUACCGUGUGCUCGUCAAAAUUGGAGGCUUCGCGGCUUCCGUCGCCUCAGCCCACGACUCCACCGACGGCGACCCGCCGAGAGCGCGCCUGCCGUCGCCGCCGCCGAUCCAGUCCCCUGCACCUGACGGACGCCUCUCGCCGCCGCCACAGCCCCACCUACGGCCGCUGCUACCGCCGCCGCCGCCGCCGCGUUCCUCCGCGGUGCCGGAACCGAUGGACGCUGAGGCUGCCUUCACGCCGCCGCCACCACCGCCAUCGCCCAUGGAGAUCGUUGGUCCGCCUCCUCAUCCGAGCAUACCCAGUGGCGAUGCGCGGCUUGGCUGCCCCAAACCACGUGGAGCGGCCAGCAGAUGCGCGAACUGCGGCGGUCCACACGCCGCCAACUCGCGCAGCUGCAGCUACCGCCGGCAGCACACCACAGCAAGCUCUGAGGUGCCUGCUGCCAAGUCGGCCGCACUGCCUCCCCGCUCCGGCGAGGGACGCGCGCCUUGCCGCGUCGAAGCGGCAACCGACCAAGCGCUGGCCGACCUACAUGCAGCCAUCGCGGCCGAAAGGGCCGCAACAAGGGACGAGUUGGUGGCUGUCCACCGACAGCUUCAACAGCUGCGGGAGGAGCUGCGGCUUCUCAAGAAGGCGCCGCCUGUGCCAGCUCCCCCCGCCCCUGUGUAG